CUAUCUCAGAACUGUUGUGUCGUUUUUUGAAAAAAAAAAAACCACAUAUCUGCUAAUCACCGGCAUUUUUAAUGAUUUUCUGAGGCAGACAAAAUUGUUCUUUUCUUUCUCUUUUUCUUAUUAUCCAAAUUCCAUUAAUAAAGAAGUGAAAAAGAAUACAAUACAGUAAAACCCGUGUCUACCUUCAGUGACGAGCAGAGUUUUUUGUUGGCCAGAUAAAAAGCAUCGAAGCAAUAUACCAGCAUAAAACCCUACAUUUUCAACAUUAAGAGAUUUGAAUUAGCAGAACACCACAUCUUUAAAUAGACUGAGGAACGACUCAUUCAGGCACUGACUAAGCAUUAACUAAGCCUUAACAACCACCUCGGUCAACUGCACAUAACAACAAGUAAUGGGUCUAUGUCACUCGUCGGAAGAAGAAAAUCACGAAAGUAAACGCAGCAAUGAAAUUGACAGACUUAUCGAAAAAGAAAAAGGCAACCGCGAAAAGCAAUGCAAAGUUUUAUUACUAGGGAGUGGCGAGUCGGGCAAAUCAACCAUUCUAAAGCAGAUGAAAAUUAUAAACCUUAACGGUUACUCUGCUGAUGAAUUGUUCACCUGGCGUGCGACAGUUUAUCGUAACGUAAUGGAAUGUGUUCAAACUAUCGUGCAAGCUUUGAUGGAUGAAGAAAUACCGUUUGAGACAGCCGAAUUGAAUGAAAACGUAGAUCGAAUCUUAUCAUACAGAGUAUCCGGAAACCCUAAAAGUCAAAUUAGCCCUGAAAUUGUUGCAUUAUCUAAACUAUUAUGGAAAGACCCCGUUGUUAUUUCUUGCUUGAAAAAAAGGGAACCAGCAUUUUAUCUAAUGGAUUCAGCGCCAUACUUUUUCGAGAAUUUAGAUAGAAUUGGUCAGGCAAGUUAUGUACCUAAUGAACAAGAUGUCUUGCGGGCGAGACUAAAGACAACGGGCAUUACAGAGAUACAGUUCCAAUUGGGAGGACUGAAUAUACAUAUGUUUGAUGUGGGUGGACAACGGUCCGAAAGAAAAAAAUGGAUUCACUGCUUUGAUGCAGUAACGUCAAUUAUAUUCUGUGUAGCCCUGAGUGAAUAUGAUCAAGUCCUAUUAGAAGAAUCGAACCAGAAUCGUAUGUUAGAAAGCUUAGCACUAUUUGAAUCAAUUGUAAAUAGUAGAUGGUUUAUCCAUUCUUCGAUAAUGCUAUUCUUGAACAAAGUGGAUCUAUUCAAAGCCAAAAUAACAUCCUCCCCACUUGAAAAUUACUUUCCAGAUUAUGGUGGAGGUAGCGAUGCCAACAAAGCAGCCAAGUAUAUUCUUUGGAGAUUUCUACAGUGCAAUAGAAAUAAGUUGAACAUUUAUCCACAUCUUACACAAGCAACGGACACUUCUAAUAUUCGGUUCGUCUUCGCCGCAGUCAAGGAAACUCUACUGCAAAAUGCCUUACGAGAUUCUGGCAUGCUAUAAGCACACACAAAAGUACAUUCUUCAAAUACAAUUUACACAUAAUCUCAAUUCAAUGUUAAGCCGUCUUGAAGAGAACAUAAUGAUUACACACUGAUUUUUUCCUAAUAAUAUUUAAUUCAUGUACAUUUCAUUUUCCCCUUUUUAUACCUUUCUUUUCAUA